UAUUGCAACUUUUUGUGUGUUUCUUAUAAAUGUCUGUUUAAGAAUCGUUAGCAAAAUGGAAUGGACAUUAACGUGGACGAUUGUAGCAGUUACUUCAUCAAUAGUUUUUAUAUUGAUAUUGUCUUUUAUUUAUUGUAUAUGUUUGUACAGAAAAACAGCAAGUACACAGCAAUUCUAUAUAAUAGAAGAAGGUGGUAUGAAAACCAGUAGUUCUCUGGACGUUUUUCGACAUUUUACAAGCACGGGAAAUUUAAGAAAUAUGCCGGUAUUUACGUCCGAAAAUUUACCGAUUUUCAAAAAACACGACACUGAGUCGGAUCUACUAGAUUCGAUGGAUUUAACUAAAAAAUUUGAGGAUUCGAUUUUAAGGAUCGGUUCGGUUUCCAGCAAGAAAGACGACAUGGCGUCCUGUAUUAGUGAUGAUUCAAGCAGGCAUUCUUUUCAUUCCGCUUAUCCUCCGAUAACGAGGCAAUGUUCAGAAGCUGAUGGAUAUGUUAGCUUUGAGGAUGUUUCUCCUUGGGAAUAAUAUAAUUUCUAUUCUACAUAGAAUAUUUUGUAUAUUAUUUUAUUAAUAGAAAUAUGAAAUAAAAUAUUUAUUCGAAAUA